AUUGCUUUGUCUCAUUCUAAAAUUUACAUUCCAAAAUUAAUUCAUUUGUUUCCAAAAAAUGGCUGAGGAAACACUUGUAACACCACCACCACCACAAUGUGCCGAGGUUGCGGUUGUUUCCGAUGUCCCUGAAGCCGAAACAUGCGAAAAACAAACCGUCUUGGCCGACCCAGUAAAAGAAGUCGAUAUCGAAAACGAUAAGAAAGUUACCUCAGUUGGGUCAUUCAAAGAAGAAUCCAACAUUGUUGGUGAUCUCCCUGACCCACAUAAGAAAGCUCUAGAUGACCUCAAAAAAUUGGUCCAAGAAGCCCUUAACAACCACCAGUUCACCGCUCCUCCGCCGUCCACGGCGGCUCCGGUACCGGUAAAAAUUUCCGGCGAAACUCCGGCGAUCGAAGCGGUGGUGGAAUGCAAAGAAGAGGAGAAAGUUUCGUCUGAGGAAGUUCCGGCGCCGGCACCGGUGCCGGAAGAGUCACCGGAAAAAGAGGUGACAGUGGAUGAAGACGGUGCGAAAAAGAUAGAAGCGAUACAAGAAACGAUAGUGAAAACCGAGGUCCCGGAAAAAGAAUGUGCUCCGGCGGAGGAAGCUCCUCCGGCGCCGGAGGAGGUUUCAAUAUGGGGGGUACCAUUACUUGCUGAUGAAAGGAGUGACGUCAUCUUACUAAAGUUUUUAAGAGCUAGAGACUACAAAGUGAAAGAAGCAUUGGCAAUGUUGAAAAACGUGGUGGCAUGGCGAAAAGAAUUCGAUAUCGAAAAAUUAGUCGAAAUGGAAGAAAAAGAUGAUGAAAAUGGAGAGAAAUUUGUGUAUAUGCAUGGAAAUGAUAAAGAAGGACAUCCAGUUUGUUACAAUGCAUUUGGUAAUAGUAAAGAGACAUUUAGUGAUGAAGAAAAAGUGAAAAAUUUUAUUCAAUGGAGAUUACAGUUUCUUGAAAAGAGUAUUAGGAAACUUGAUUUUACUCCAAAUGGUGUUUCUACUAUUUUCCAAGUUAUUGAUCUCAAAAAUUCUCCCCCACUGUUUAAGAAGGAGCUCCGACAAGUGUUUCAGUGUUUCCAAGAUAAUUACCCUGAGUUUGUUGCCAAACAGGUGUUCAUUAAUGUUCCAUGGUGGUACAUAGCUUUCUACAAGAUGAUAAAUCCAUUCUUUACACAAAGGACUAAAAGCAAGUUUGUGUUUGCUGGUCCUUCAAAGACUACUGAAACACUCUUUAAAUAUAUAUCACCUGAGUUGGUUCCAGUUCAAUAUGGUGGGCUUAGCAGGGACGGUGAGCAAGAAUUCGCCGCCACUGAUUGCAUCACAGAGGAGGUCAUUAAGCCUUCUUGUGAACACACAAUCGAGCUUCCUGCUCCCGAGGUCUGCACAGUGGUAUGGGAGGCCAGAGUGGUCGGAUGUGACAUAUCAUAUGGGGCAGAGUUUGUGCCGAGUGCAGAAGAUGGAUACACGGUUAUUGUUCAGAAGUCAAGAAAGGUUACAGGUGAUGAAUCGGUGAUCAGUGGAAGGUUUAAAUGUGGAGAAGCAGGGAAAGUGGUGCUUACAUUCUACAAUCAAAGUUCAAAGAAGAAGAAGGCGUUGUAUAGGUUCAAGACAAAAGUGGCAUCAGAGUAAAGACUGUUUCAUGUUUCAUCUAAUACAUUAUAUUCUUGAAUUUAUAUUGAUAUUUGUGAUUUGAUUUUGUUUGUUUGGUUUGCGUUACCAAAAUUGGGAUGUAAUGUUUUUGAAAUUUGAACAUAAGAGAAAUGGAUUGUGACCAUA